UUUAAGCACCCUGGGGAUGGAUAUAUUUAUAUAGCCGAUUGUCCAACAGCAAUUUGCUCGGGUACAGGAGCUACAUCAGGUAUUAGAUGUCUCCUAUUCUCAGAGUAUAUAGAGUCUCUCAGGUACAGGAGUGUCAUCAGGUUGUCUCACUCAAGUCUAUGAUAAUGAGCCACUUAAGGGUUAAUCUCCAAACAGUAAACCACUGUGUGGGUACUUCUGCUUUGGUCUUUUCCGGAGUUUCAUGUUCUGUUUUUGCACUGCAAAAGAAAUUAAGGGUAAGCUCUCCAUAGGUUAGUUUUUGUUUCCAAAAAUGAAUCGAGGUGAAUUUAUGCUUAUUGGGGUGAUUUUAAAUUUUUCUGGUUUUCCUCAAAUGAUGGAAUUCUCAAGGAUGGAAUGCUCACAGGCUGCCCAGGAUAAGACGUAUGACUGUAGCGGACAAGGACUGCUGAGUAUUCCCGAUUCCCUUCCACCUUCCACCACAGGUUUAGAUUUCAGCUUCAACACUCUCCCUUUCAUUCGCAACUCGACCUUCAUCAAACUGAAGGAACUCAUCGAUCUGGAUUUAACAAGGUGCCAAAUUAACUGGAUAUACGAGGAUGCCUUCCAAUACCAAAUCAAGCUGGAGACACUUGUUUUAAUUGGAAACCAAUUCAUGUUUAUUGCUGAUAAUGCCUUCAGUGGCCCUGUGAAACUGAAGCAUCUCUUUUUAACCCAGACAGCACUGAGUACUCUGCGAUUUGUACCCAGCGAGAACCUGAACUGGUUGGAAACCCUGGAUUUUGGUGAUAACAACAUUUACUCACUGCAGUUUCUCAGCAGUUUUACAACAAGGAACCUGAAGAAUCUAGAUUUCCAGUUGAACGGCAUUCAGAAAAUACAUGCUACUGAUGUGGAGGUAUUAAAGCAUGCCUUAGGACUCAACUUAAACUUCAAGGGUAAUGACAUUAUUUUUAUUGAACCGGGAGCCUUUGAUUCAUGUCAGUUCAACAGUUUGGACUUCAGCGGUUGCCUUGAUGAGGCUGACUUGUCCGUGAUUUUACUCGGACUAAAGGGACUCAGCACUAGAGUUCUAAAGCUAGGUACCUAUGAGGAUACUCCAGAGCCAACAGAUAUAACUCCUACAUCACUCCAAGGGCUUUGCGAUAUCACAGUAGAGGAACUCAGUUUCCAGUUACUUCAUUUCAAGGACUUCAGCAACACAACAUUUAAAUGCCUGACCAGGCUUCGAAAACUAGACCUGACUCGAUGUCACAUUAGCUUUCUACCUUCCAACAUUCAAGGUAUGGAUUCCCUCACUCACCUAAUUCUAAACGAGAACAAUUUCCGCAAUGUCUGUUUAACUUCUGCACAAAACUUUCCUGCUCUGACCCACCUCUCCUUAAAAGGGAACUCAAAAAUGUUACAAUUCCAUCAAGGCUGCUUGCAAGCUCUUUCUAAACUUGAACACCUGGAUAUGAGUCACAGCUUUCUUCAAACAGGUAGCUGCUGUGGUAUUCAGCUUAAAGGCCUGGGCAGUCUGCUUCACUUGAAUAUGAGCUACAACAGCAAGAUAAGCAUGCAAGGGCUUCCAUUCAGCGAGACCCCAAACCUGCUGCUCCUCGACUUGACUCAGACACCAAUCACCUACAGUGCAUCUCGGGGGCCUUUCCACAACUUGCAUCAGUUGCAAACUCUCAACCUGUCGCACACCUACACAAACACAAGCAAUGUGUACCUGUUGGAGGGGCUUCAAAGCCUACGUGUCCUUAGUCUGCAAGGAAACUCAUUUCAAUCUGGCAUUAUUCAAGACAGUGAAAUGUUUAAGUGCGUGCCUAAGCUGGAGAUACUGAUCCUAUCUGAAUGUCAACUGACUGCCAUUGCAGACAAGGCAUUCGAACCUCUUAGGGAGCUAAAGUAUGUCGACGUAAGCAAGAACAAUCUUUUUAAAUUCAACGGUCGUGCUUUCGCUGUUCUGAAGGACAUCCAACUGAAUUUCGCAAGGAAUAACAUUGAGAUCAUAGCAGUGGAACAGAUCAAUCUAAUGGAGCCCAGCAGUAAAAUAAGGCUGAGCUAUAACCCUCUGUUGUGCAACUGUUCCAACCUUCACUUCAUCACCUGGUAUCAGCAGAACAUGGAUAAGAUUUUGGAUCCAGAAGAGACUGUUUGUGGUUCCCCCCUGCCAGGGACCAGGGUAGCGGAUGUCCACCUGUCUUGUGGCAAUCACCUGUUACUGAUCAUUCUACUUGUGCUCUCUGCAGUGCUGAUAAGCACUCUUGCCGCUGUGGCUGGGAAGAAGUGCUGCAUACAGUCAGUGCAUGCAGGCUCUUGUUCAUACCAAAGGCUUGAAACGUAUCAACAACUAUCUUAAAUGAUUGUUGUCUUGAUAAAAAAAUAAAAAAAAUAAAAACACAACUAGGCCUGAAUCCUUUGAUGGUUUCUCCUUGCUACAUUACAGAUUGCUUUUUGAGUUUUUUCGUAUUAAACACAGGCAGAUGUGGGUUGUGGCCUCCUCAGUCUGUGUCGACAGUGUUUGUCUUGCUCUGAUUUUGAACAUGACUAAAACUGGGGGAGUGCUGGCCUUAUUUUUGUUCAUUGAUUUUGUAAGUGAAGUCUAGGCACACCUGUGAAACAAAAUGGUACAAAUUCUUAUCAUGCUCUUUCACUUGUAUUAACAUAAAAAAGGAUAUAAAAGAGGGGUGGAUUUUCUGAGGAAUUAUUAAUUUCAAAGUGAAAAAAUAUAGUAAAUGUUCUGAGUAGUUUCUAGCUAGUUUUAUACCAUUUAAUUUUUCAUUCUGAUAUUUUUUCUUUUGCCUUUGCAUGAUCAACAAAUUAUACAUUAUAAUUGUGAUGUCUUAAUUAAACUUCAUAAUCACGCCCUUGGUUGGAGCUUGUUUAUAAACGCAGAAGUACAGUAAUUAGUCAAGGUAAAGAGCACACUGUGCACCACAGGUAUAGCUGCACUCCGGCAGGCACAUUACUCAAAGCCUUCUUGUGUGAAGUAGACCAGUUUAUUGAAACAUACUGACAAUGAAGAAAAGAAAAAAAUCAGUAUUGCCCAAGUAUCCACCACAAAGGGGAACAUCUGAAAAAACAAUUUGACAACAGAUUAUAGUAUAUAUUUUGCAUUUACUCUUGUGUUCAGAUUCCUGCAAAUAUACCCAGGGUGUGCAGUUUCUAUACUGUUUUGGGGAUUAUGCUGAAAAACUAGCAAGAUUAUAAACAAAAGCAUAUCUUGAUUUGCAAUUGGAAAUUAAUCUAUUGUUUGUUUUGCUUUUCAGUGGAAUUAAUUGAAAUGCAGUACAAACCAAACAAGAUCAUUCGUUUUAAUAGGUUUAUUUGUACCAAUUGUGUGAUGUUUUUCGGUUACCAAAAAUGUAAAAUAAAUAAAUAAAUACAUAAAUACGUAGGUUGUUUGUUUUUGUGUACAAAUGUAUUUUUUGUCAACAUGACAAUAUACAAAGAGUAAGAUACCUGCACAAAUAAUGGGCUACAUUCUCAAAGCCAUUUACUCCAAAUUGUCGUUAGCAUGUUUUCAAAUAGUAAAAACACACCUAAU